CAGAGAAAUGUGGAUGAAUACAAUUGCUUACAAUUCUUUGAUUGAAUCUGUUUAAAAUAUGAUACUUAGUUCCCGAUUUUCUUAGGUAUGUUAACAUUUUGGUUUACUAGGAGUUUAUAUAUGUUUUACUUUAACUUUGCAAUGAAUCCAGAAAAGCAGUUGGACUUUUGACCUGACAGGUCGGGAAGACGAGACUGAGGAGACUUCUGCUCAGGCUCUCUGGACUGUCGAUGGCCCGCGUCCUGUCCCUGUUCCGACCUCAGCCUGUCCUGGCUCUUGUGAGCCGGUACAAACCGGCCUCGUGCAAUAUGUCCAUGGACUCCCGGGUACGGGAGGUCUUCGCGGCAGCAGUGGAAGCCGUGCAGCCAGACGCGGUGGUCCGGCAGAGUGUAGAACGCAAAGACGACUCCGUUGCCAUCGGCGGUCGCAGAUUUACACUGAAGCACAACCUGCAUCUGGUGGGUUUUGGGAAAGCUGUCCUGGGAAUGGCCGCUGAGGUGGAGAGGAUGAUGGGGGAUCAUUUAGUGGAUGGAGUCAUCAGUGUACCUCAUGGGAUACAGCAGACGAUGCGGCAGCAUGGAAAAAGCCAUUUGCUGCCCAAAGAAAAUGGUCAAAUUGAAGUCAUGGAGGGAGCUAAGCACAACCUACCUGAUGAGGACGCCCUGAGGGCAGCUGAGAAGAUUAAGCAGUUGGCCAAAAGAUUGACAGAGAAAGACUUGCUGCUUGUUCUCAUUUCAGGUGGAGGCUCUGCGCUGCUACCUGCACCACUUCCACCGGUCUCAUUGCAGGAGAAGCUUGAUGUUACACGCAGACUUGCUGCUGCAGGGGCAACUAUUCAGGAACUCAACACUGUACGCCGGGCUCUUUCUGUGUUAAAAGGGGGAGGGCUGGCAAAGUAUGCUCACCCUGCACAGGUUGUUGCACUGAUACUGUCUGAUGUGAUCGGGGACCCACUUGACUUGAUAGCCAGCGGCCCCACGGUGAGGAGCGAGGUGUGGCCCGAGGAAAUCCUGUCCAUCCUCGAGCGCUACAAGCUUCUACAUUGCAUUCCGACAUCAGUGAAAGACGUGAUUCAGAGGCAGAGUCGCAAAGACAACGUUGACGAAUCGGACACGGCGGGACACGUUCAGAAUGUUGUGAUUGGCUCCAACAGCACGGCUCUCGAGAGAGCGCGCCUUCGUGCUCGGGAGCUGGGCUUCCAUCCCGUCGUGCUUUCACCAGGAGUGUGUGGCGACGUCAGGUCCGUCUCCAAACUUUACGGCCUGCUGACUCUCUUUGCCUGUUCCCCCGAGGAACCGCCUGCAGAGGUCGCCGCUGAGGUGCUGGCGCUGGGGCCAGAGGUCGGUGUGGCGAGCUGGGACUUAUGUCGCACCAUGCGGGAACUGGGGGAAAGAAGACGCGCAGCCGCAGGGGGAUUGGCUGCCACCUGCUUAUUAGCUGGAGGGGAGCCCACCGUGGAGCUGACGGGAAAAGGUCGAGGAGGUCGUAACCAGGAGCUGGCUCUGCGAGUGGGACUGGAGUGGAGAGGCCUGGAGCUCCCACCUAAUGGCCCCAUUUUUCUGAGUGGUGGCACUGAUGGUCAAGAUGGACCCACUGAGGCAGCGGGGGCCGUCACUGAUGCUGGCUUAUAUGCUGAAGCUCAAGCGCAGGGGCUGGACAUCGAGAAAUUCCUCAUCAACAAUGAUUCCUACACCUUUUUCUCCAGCCUUUCAAGCGGAAAGCACCUGCUAGUACCUGGAUUAACUUGUACAAAUGUCAUGGAUGUACAUGUGCUUCUGUUCCCAUCUACUUUUAGUAAUAAAGGAUAAUCUAAGAGGAAUAAAAAGUUUCUUGUCACAA